GGGCUACUACCCAACUUGAGCAGCUAGCAAUUCCCCAAAAAAAAAAUCCUUUGUUUCUCGAUCUCGAUCUCGAUCUCUAAAAAAGCAGAAGAGCAAUUCCGAGAAACAAAUGCGCCGCAAGACCGGAAGAAGAAGAAGCACCCCCCUCCCCCACGGUUUCCGAGGCUAUUUUCGUCACUUCCCGAGUUAAAAGCAGCACGGGACCAGGCCGACAGCGCCCACCGGCGAGCAUCGAUCGCCGCAGGGGGGAGAACGAACCAACCCACCCAGACCACGCUGAGCACAGCCAAAUCCAGCCACAGGAAUAUCGCAAACGAAUUUUUCCUCUCUCUCUCUCUCGCGUUUCGGAUCCAACACAGCAGGCUUAGCGGGUCCCUUCGCUUCGUCUCCCGCUUACCGGGAGCCGACCCGCCGCCGUCCUUCUCCAGUGAUCCACGACCGGUGCUCGCCGCCCCAGUCGGCGGCGGGGGUGAGGUCGUUGGCUGCGUAAGGUUGCCGUGGGGGUUUGUGUUGGGUUGGGUUAUCGGAUCUUUCGGCCCGGGUCCCAGGAACCGGGACCGGCGGGCGGGUUCCCCGGGCGAUGGACCGGGACGAGCGCCUCCGCCGCGCGCUGCCCGCCUUUGGGGGCGACGUGUGGGGGCUGGUCGACGCCGCGCUGGCCGCGGCGGCGCGGGACCGCCCAGACGAGCUGCGCGCGCGCCGCGACGGCAUCGUCGAGCGGCUCUACGCCGCCGCCGGCUGCAGCAACUGCGACGGGCGUCCCCCUCGUGCUGCUUUGGCGGCGGCGGGGCUGGAGGAGGAGGAGCAGGCUCCGGCCUCACCAGAGGAGGAGAGUGACGCGGGAGCCGAUGUCGCGGAGGAGGCCGAGGAGCUCGGCGGCCGCGACGACGGCGAGCCCGGGCAGGAAAGCAAGAUCCUGGCCAUCAGGGACUUCUUGGAGGACCCCGACCAGCCCGAGGACGAGCUGGUGAGCUUGCUGCAGAACCUGGCAGACAUGGACGUCACCUACAAGGCGCUCCAGGACACUGACAUCGGCCGGCAUGUGAAUGGCCUGCGCAAGCACCCCUCCGGCGAAGUCCGGCGACUGGUAAAGCAGCUUAUCAGGAAGUGGAAGGAGAUAGUGAACGAUUGGGUGCGCCUGCACAAUUCCGGCGCUGACGGUGGCAGCUCGAUCAUAACUGAUGGUGACUCCCCGGAGAAACUUCAAGGCAAGAGCCACCAAAGCCCCCGGGUUUCAGGGUUCCAGUAUUCUCCUAGCCCACAAAGGCAUAAUGGUUCAAGUUCAGAAAGGGCUAACAAUGAGUUUGAGUCGACAAUGGACAUGAAGCGUAGAGCAAGCCCUUUGCCAGCAUAUCAUAAUUCCAGGCAGAUCAACAACAACCAUCAUUCUAUGACCUCGUCAUCUGCUCCAGCUCAGAUGACAAGGGACCAAAAGGACAGUCUUUUGGACAUUGAUAGGCUGGAUUCUGCAAGGAAGAGGCUUCAGGAGAAUUAUCAAGAAGCACAAAAUGCCAAAAAGCAGAGGACAAUCCAGGUGAUGGACAUCAAUGACAUACCAAAGCCAAAGAACAGAAAUGCUUUCAUCCGCAAGGGCGGCAGCGGUGGGCUCCCGGCAAGACACCGAUAACCUAGCCUUCUUCGGCUCCAGAUUGCCUGACUUGCAAUCUUGUGCUCUAAAACUGCGACGAAAAUGAAAAGAAACAAACGGUUUCUUCUUCAUUUUCUUAUGUCUUGGUUGCCUAGCCUUACCCCCCCCCCCCCCCCGGGUGUAAUAUUGGCAGGAACAUAAGACACGAUGCUUAUGGUUUUUCUCAAGGAAAAAAAGUGGAAAGUAGAGUUGCUGCCAA